UGCCUGCAUCUAUUUUGGCAAAGGCAGAUCAUGCGCCUGACCUGCUAGAGUUCAUUUCACUUCUAGUUAGCCUGGAUUAUGCAAACCAUGCCAUAGCCUUUCUGUGUGAAGACGUGAAAUCUACCUUAAACUCAUCAACCCCAGAAGCCACACCAAUAUAAUGAUUUUGCAAAGAUGUUCUGCAACACAGAUUUCUUCUCUUGGGUCAGAAGUUCAUCUUUAUGAUCUCAGGUUAUUUGUUUCUACUGAAACACCCAAAGCCCCUUUAGUCCUUACUUCUAAUUUCUCAUCUCAUGAACUGACUUGUACGAUUCUGUAUACACAGAAAUGACCUGAAUUGAGCAACACAAACUAAAUUAAAUAACCAAGCUCAGUGAGAUAUGAACAUAGAGUAUCACCCCAUACACUGCUGGCACAUGACCAUGGAUGAUACCACCUUAUAACCCCUUCUUUAUAAGCUCCUUGCAUCAUGGAAUUCCAUCAUCUAGAUCCUACUCUUAGCACUGCACCUGAUGAAGGUAUAACACAUCAAGUUGAAUAAUAACAUACAGUCAGAAGUAAUCUGCUCAAAUAGUGCAUACCAGACAUCAAUCUAUUCAGACUGCUGCAUAGAAUUGUUUUAGCCGCAGACCACGAAAGAUCCUGAUUUCAUCCCUUCUUCAACAAAUCAACCCAUCAAAACGGAACCAGGAUUAGAGCAGAAUUUCAUGAUAUCAGGACUUCUGAAGCAGGCAUGAAAAUCUUCAUCUUAAUUUUGAUCCUUGGGGUCCAUACGACGGAACUUCUUGCAGGGAGAAGGAAGAAGCAUCACAGGCAUCAUCCCACCCCUACCCCAGACCCAGACCUGGAGCACUUGCCGAGACGAUUCCGCAGAGUUGUUCUGAGGAAGAUCCAAAACUUGACCGAGGAGAUUGAGGAUCUGAAGUAUCAGUUGGAAGUUGUGGAAAAUGAGCAGGGGGAACUUGAUAUAUUAUUGCAGGCUCAUCAAAAAGCCAUUGAAGGGUAAGUCACACAGUCUUUAAAUCAGCACUAUGGCACUACUUAUCAGCAGUGUAUCCUAUCUGGCAUCAAUUCCAUGUCUCUAAGGUUGGGCAACUUCCUGAGAAUAGCCUGCACAACAGUUUGAAGCAGACUUCGUUCAAAAAGGGUAAACACACUAUGAUCAAGAACAAGAACUAAUCUGUUAAUUACAAUUUAUGGAUUCUUCUUCACUGUCCUGACCCCUACAUCUCAUAUAAAGCCACGGUAAACCAUAAUCAUAUCACAUUGAGCCAUCAUGGAGUCAAAGACCAUAUUCUUUACUGUGGCUCUGUGCCUGGGUAUGGCUCUUGGCCUAUCCAACAGGAAGAUAAGAUCCAGUCAUGAGGUUACGCCCCACGAUUAUAAUGAGACUAGACAAUUGGUCAGGAGAAGGUUUGGAGAGUUAGGUGAAGAUUUGCAGGAGUUGGCUGAGAAGACAGAGACAAUUGAGGCAGAGUUUGAUCAUUUGAAAAAGAUUCUGAAAAGUCAUCGAGAAGCAAUUGAAAGCCUUGGAGGUAUCAUAGCUCCACCAAUACCACUAGGCUCAGGAACUGAUAAUGAAUCCGGUGUGGUAUGUCCAUCUCACUACAUCUACCAUGGCAACUCCUGCUAUGAAUGGGUGAAGAAGGCCGCCAACUGGACCGAGGCAGAGCAGUACUGUGCCCAUGAACAUAAUGGACACCUGGUCAAAAUCAGCAGUGAAAAGGAACACAAGUUUGUGGUCUACCACACAAUGCACCACUACCCUGCAGUGGAUUCAAUCUGGAUUGGUCUCCACAACUUUGGGGAUGGCUGGUACUGGGAUCAUGAUGAACAUCAUGGUCGACAUCAUGAUGAUGAUCGCACACAUCCAGAACACCAUAAUGAUGAGGAUCACCAUGACAAGGCAGAUGAACACCUAAGUGACAAUCCUGAUCACCAUGACAAUCAGGGCGAUCACCAUGGUGACCAUAACGACCAGAGUGAAGAUGACAAUGACCAGCGUCACAUGGACUACGAGCAUGAAAACCUCGACACUGGAGGCCAUAAGAAGGAUCACGAGACAGCGAAACAUGCAGACAACGGGAAGGAGAAGUCUUUCUCAAAUUGGGGUGAACACGAGCCAAGGCGUGACAGCGAUAAGCUCUGCGUGCAGAUUAGAGCCAACGCUGGCUACCUGUGGCGCACACAUGAUUGUGCUGACCAUGCAAUGUUUAUCUGUGAAUGGAACAAAUGACAUGAACAGAUGAAUGGGGCAGAGUGUGCCAAUCCAACAGUGUUUUCUUAUCCUAUUUAUACAAUACUUUUGUUCAUUGAACUGGCUUUGGAGCUGUGAAUUUAAAAUGGUGGAAAUGAAAGUAACUUGAAACGACUUUUGCUUACAGAAAAAAAACUUUGGAUGAAUAAGCCCAGUUUCAUGUUUGAGCCCUUUGAGGGCUCAGGGCCUUUUUCUACAGUAAGGGAGUAUAAAUCAGCAUA